ACGCAAAUAUCUUUAGUUCGAUAUCCAAACAUGAAAAUAAUAGUAGUCAGUCUAUUGUUGGCGAUUUCCCUACUGGAACACCGUGCAGUCAGCGCCAAAAGUGUGCUAAAUACUUUGGCCAACGAAAUUGGUUUAGAUGCCUCCGCUUUGGGUGAUGAGUUGGGAGAGGAGGUUGGUCAAUUUGGUCAAGAGGCUACCAAAACCGGCAUUGCAUAUGGCAAGGCAGCGGAAAAGGCCUCCUCGGGUUGGCAGCUUGGACGGGAUGGCAAUAUUUUCGGUCACGAACUGGGAGAUGAGGGCACUCUUUUAGGGCAAGAGGCCUCAAAUAGCGCCAUUAACUUCGGACACGAAGUCUCUCAAGAAGCGGAACAAGCUGCCAGUGCCGAGCUUAGUUCCUUGCUAAGCCAAUCCGCAAACUCCUCUGGCUUAACAAAGAAAUCUGUCAUCAAGCGAGAAAUCGUGAGCAAAGAAAAUCCUUCCGUUACCUGUGCUUGCACCUGUUCUAGUAAUGGAGAUGUCACCAAAAUUGCAAAUGCUGCCCAUGAUGUAGCUAAAGCUGCCGGAAAUGUGGCCUCGAGUGUUGCCGGUGCCGCUGGAAAUGUAGCUGGGGAUGCUGCAAGUGCAGUUGGAACUGUUGCUCAUGAUGCUGCCGGAGUGGCCUCGAGUGUGGCUGGAAGUGUUGCAAGUGCUGCUGGAAAUGUUGCCGGAGAUGCAGCAAGUACUGCUGGAAGUGUUGCAAGUGCUGCUGGAAGUGUCGCUGGAAGUGUUGCAGGUGCUGUUGGAAAUGUAGCUGGAAGUAUUGCAAGUGCAGCUGGAAAUGUGGCCGGAGAUGCAGCUAAUACUGCUGGAACUGUAGCUGGCGAUGCAGCUAGUGCUGCAGGAAACAUUGCCGGAGAUGCAGCAAAUGCUGUUGGUAGUGUUGCAAAUGCUGCAGGAAAUGCAGCUGGUAGUGUUGCAAAUGCUGCCGGAAAUGCAGCUGGAAGUGUUGCAAGUGCUGCUGGAAAUAUAGCUGGAAGUAUUGCAAAUACUGCUGGAAAUGUAGCUGGAGAUGCAGCAAAUGCCGCUAGCAAUGUUGCCGGAGAUGCAGCUAACGCUGCUGGAAAUAUUGCUGGUGACGUGGGCAACGCUAUUGGUGGUGUUGCAAAUGCCGCUGGAAAUGUUGCAGGUGAUAUUGGAAAUGACGCAGGAAAUAUUGCCGGAGAUAUUGGAAAAACGGUCGGCACCAUAGCUGGAGAUGCAGCAAAUACCGCUAGCAAUGUUGCCGGAGAUGCAGCUAACGCUGCUGGAAAUAUUGCUGGUGACGUGGGCAACGCUAUUGGUGGUGUUGCAAAUGCCGCCGGAAACAUUGCAGGUGAUAUUGGAAAUGCCGCUGGAAAUAUUGCCGGAGAUAUUGGAAAAACCGCCGGCAACAUAGCUGGAGAUGUAGCAAAUGCUGCAGGCAAUAUAUUCCACUCAAUAUUUUAGAGUGCACCUAAACAUUUCAACUUCAUAAUUCUAAUAAACGAACGAGCAAAUUAAUAAAACAGCCAUUUUAAAUUUA